AUGCCCAAGAACAGACGGGUCUCGUCAAAUCAUCGCCAAUCGCCCUUUCCAAUAGCACAAGCACGACAAUCUGGGUCAACAGAGUUCCAGCCAGGCCACAGAAACACAGCCAAUUGGAGUUCUGCCAAUGAUGAGGUCUUGGUCGCUGCUAGAGCAGCCGGUCUCAACUGGCAAUCUACCGCUGCAAAGCACUUCCCUAACAAGACGGCCAAUGCUUGUCGUAAACGUCACGAACGAUUGGUAGAACGCCGAACUCAUGAGGACUGGACCACGAAAAGACUGGACACUCUCGCAUCGGAAUACAUGGAAUUUAGAAAGGAGAUAUGGGCUCCAUUGGCAGCCAAGAUUGGUGAGCGCUGGAGUGUAGUCGAAGCAAAGGCAAGUCAAAAGUCGCAAGCUUGCAUGGAGAAGGGCCUCAGGAAUCUACAGUCAAUUGCACGUAUGGCUCGCAAGACAUCUGUUCCCAGUGAGGAUCUCCCUGCCCCAAACAAGGAAGAGCAUGAAGGCGAUUCCGGCAUCGGCUGUUCGGAUGCUGAAUUGGAGCCAGUCGGUAUUUCUACAACUGUUGGCCAGUCUUCUCCAGGCUCAACACUAGUCCAUGAGCGACAACCUGCUCUGGGACUUUCGGUCAACCAACAGAAUGCACUGUACCACAUUUUGCCUAGGCCUCCACCAUUACCGCUGUACCAGCCCCCACCAAGAGUCCCUGCUCGUAGAGAGAGAGCGGACCCCGGACAACUCAACCCAGCGGAGUAUGAGUGUCAAAUCGAUGCUCUCGCAUACGCCAGAGUCUUGAACAGUGGAUCCCAAUAG